CACUGCAUCGGGUCCAUCUGUACAAGUCCCGCUCCCGCGCUCUCUCCGGCGCUCCCCCUCUCCCUUCCUCUGCCUCGCUCCCUCCAUCCCUCCGCGCGCAGGACAGCAGCACGAUCCUGCCAUGGAAAUACACUGAUCCAGGCGGGGGGAGGGGGAGCAAGGCGAGCCGCUCAUCCUUGGCCACUUUCUGCCUCCCUCGCGUUUCGGAUUAUUUUCUGCCCUCCUUCCUGGGAUGGAGGACGCCGCGGUGGCGCGGGGCAUUUGGGACGGAGAUGCCAAGACGGUCCAGCAGUGCUUGACUGACAUAUUCACCAGCGUCUACACCACCUGCGACAUCCCGGAAAAUGCCAUCUUCGGGCCCUGCGUGCUGAGCCACACUUCCCUGUACGACAGCAUCGCGUUCAUCGCGCUCAAGUCCACAGACAAGAGGACGGUGCCGUACAUAUUCCGGGUGGACACUUCGGCGGCGAACGGCUCCUCGGAAGGGCUCAUGUGGCUCCGGCUGGUGCAGUCGGCCCGCGACAAGGAGGAGCAGAACCUGGAAGCCUACAUCAAAAAUGGACAGUUGUUUUACCGCUCCCUGCGGAGGAUUGCCAAAGACGAGGAGUUACUAGUGUGGUACGGGAAGGAGCUGACGGAGCUGCUGCUGCUCAGCACCGCCAGGCACAGCAAGAUGAACGGCUCGACGCCGUACAGCUGCGCGGAGUGCGGCCAGCGCUUCCAGUUCGAGUUCCCGUUCGCGGCGCACGUGCGGUUCCGCUGCGCCAAGCGCCCGGCCGGCCUCGACGGCGGCCCAGACGCUGGCCGCAAGAACAAGGAGGUGGAGGCGCCUAAGUACGGCAAGCCGCUGGGCGCGCACUACUCGGGCCCGCAGGACGGCGGCGGCGGGAAGCCCUCCACGGACUUCCACAACCUGGCGCGGGACCUGGAGAACUCCCCGGGCGGCGGCGCGGCGGCCCCGGGCAAGGCUAAGCGGAAGCUGGCGGAGGAGCGCCUGCCCUCGCCGCCCGCGGAGGAGCUGGCAGCCGCCGCCGCAGCCGCCGCCGCCGUCGGGGGAGGGGGCGGCGGGCUGGGCAAACAGAGCCCCUUCCUCUACGCCACCGCCUUCUGGCCCAAGGGCUCGGCGGCGGCGGCCGGGCCCCUGCAGCUGCAGCUGCCGUCGGCGCUCACGCUGCUGCCGCCCUCCUUCACGUCGUUGUGCCUGCCGGCGCAGAACUGGUGCGCCAAGUGCAACGCCUCGUUCCGCAUGACGUCCGACCUGGUCUACCACAUGCGCUCGCACCACAAGAAGGAGUACGCUCUCGAGCCGCUCGUCAAGCGCCGCCGCGAGGAGAAGCUCAAGUGCCCCAUCUGCAACGAGUCCUUCCGCGAGCGCCACCACCUCUCCCGCCACAUGACCUCGCACAACUGAGCCUCCGCACGCCAGUGCACACGCGCAGCCACACACACAGGCCCACCCGCGCGCACACACCCAGGUACCCACAUACUCUCCACCCCCACACGAACACCCACACUCACAAUGCCCGCCUGCCGCACUCAUACACCCUCCCACACACACAACACCCAGCCGCACCCCCCGCACCGACCCACACGCACGCAUCCAC